CCGGGGCGGUGGCCCGCCUGGCAGAGGAGGCAGCUGUGUGCACCAGGAUGCGGGCACAGGUGUGGCGCCCAGGGGAGGGCUGGUCUCCCGGGUGACUAGGGCAGUCAGGCAUCUGCUGGGUCUCCCGGCGGGACACCCAGAGGCCGGAGGGCGCGGAGAGGAGGUGGUGCAGGCAUGGCGCGCUCGCUGCGGCCCAUGGCCCUGCUGGUGAUGCUGGCCCUGCUGGAGGGGCUGCCGGCGGCCCGGGACCCCCAGGAACCGGACAUAUUCUGUGGAGCGUGCAGAGCGCUGAUGGACGAAGUGGAGUACGACGUCACCAAGGCUCGGCAGGAGAAGACCAAGGUGGGCUCCUUCCGAAUGAAUCCUGACGGGACGCAGGAGAGGAGAAAGAUCCCCUUAGCCCAGUCGGAGGCAUUCCUCACAGACCUCCUGGACAAAGUGUGCGAGCGGAUGAAUGACUACAGACUCGAAGAAGACCCCGUGACGAAGGAGAAGAGUUUCAAGAGAUUUGCUCCGAGGAAAGGAGACAAAAUAUACAAAGAAUUUAAAAAAUUCUAUUUUUAUUCAGAUGCUUACAGACCUUUGAAAUUCGCGUGUGAGACUAUAAUAGAAGAGUUCGAAGAUGAAAUAUUUUCACUUAUCACCCAGGAGGCACACCACCUCGCUGACACGCUGUGCGGUGGAAAGUCAGGUCUGUGUGAAACUUCCACUAACCACACUGAACUCUAGGAAUCACGGUGCUACUAGCAGAGAGGAGUCAUGUCGCGGCCCCCAAGGUCAAUGUCUGCGUUUCUGUCUUCAUGUUUCUCCACGAGAAGAAACUAUGUGUCUCUUUUUCAUACUGCAGGGUCUCCUGUUUGAUAUUUUAUUGAAAAUCUCUUCUUUGGCAUCAUGACAAGUCCCACUUCUUUCUCCAGGUGCAGUUGAGGAGUACAUGAAGCAAAUUACCUGUGUGGAUUUUGAUAUUUACAAACAGUCUUGGCAGGAAAGCAUUUAGUAAUAGGACAAAUGUGAAGACAUUUCAUAAAUGAAAUAAGGAUUUAAUAACACGUACUGCAUAGUUCAUGCACAUAUACAAGUAUAGUGUCCUGUUUGAUAAGGACUUGAUUUGAUUUCAUAAGUACUUGAUUAGUCAUGAAAUUAAGAAAAUACAUUGCAAAAUUCCAGGCUAAUUUUUCUGGACUGUAUGGCUAUCACCAAAAGAAAUGAAUUCACUUUAUGUCAGGAAUGAAAUUUAAAUUUCUAGAAACGUUAAGUUUAAAUACUAAUUCCUAAAAUUUAACCAAAUGCAUAGAAAGCAGUGAACACUUUUAUAGUGAACAAUUUUAUUGGCCUUUCUAAUGCAUGCAUUCUGAAUUGAAAUGAUUUAGAAAGUUGAUUUAUUAUUCGUGUAUUUAUUAUCAUGUAUUCUUACAGGCUGACACCAAUGGACUCGUUUAUUUUGGUGCAAACUCUCCUGUCAUGCUUUGUUUUUAAAGAUUUUCACCUAAUAUUUAGCAUGUAGAUUUUACUACUAACCAACUAUUUUUCUGUCUAUGGAUGUUUUUGUAGGUGUGGAGAUGAAAGGAGAGAUGGAAACUUACAGAAAAUUGCCUUUUGACCACCUUAAUAAUGGUGUGUAGUGAUCUCACUCUUAGAGAUUUCAUUGUCUUGGGGAUCUCAUUUCUUGGAGAUUUCAACAGAGAUUAUUGUCUCUGUUGAAUUUACAUUUAGUGGAAUAAAACUUUAAUUGUUUAAAAUGUCAGGGCAUGCUUCAUACACACAUGUUUUAAAGAAGAAAUUCUCGUUGCUAUCUCUGAGAAAUUUACGAAGUGGCUUGAUGUUCCGCCUCCAAAAGCAGAAAGUAUUUGCCGUGUGUUACAAGGUUACCUAGAAAGCGCAUUACUUACACCGUUCAACUGACGCUUAGGGAGAAAACAAUUUGUAAGUUUAGAAAAAUUUGCCACCAUGGAGAGAAAGAAGUUCCCUUUCUCCGUCUCCCACCUCAGCUUGUGUUAAAGUCAGGCUUCUGUGUUAAUGUCAUUCAUUCACUGAGAAAGUUUCUGAUUUUUUAGCUGAUUCAGUAGUGUGGCGCCUACAUAUUAUAACCCGAUGAGUCUGCACUGCCUGCAACUGACAAAAAAUGGAAACGGGAUUUAAGAAUCAUUAGCCUCAUUUUUCAGGACGGUAGGAAAACUGGGACUUAAAACAUAGUGCCUAAACCUUUAGUAAACUUACCUAUUUAAGUUUCGUUUCGCAUAUCAGAUAAUAAGCCGUAAACAUUUUCCUACCUUUGGCUUCCUUGGUAAGCACACUGAACUAUUUCUUCACGGGAACACAACAGAGACACUGGCUUGAAGUCCCCGUUCAAACCAUAACACUUGUGUCGGUGACAACCCCCCACAUACAUACAGUGCUCUUGCCAGUCGUAGAAUUUAAGGGAAUGUGGGCUUUGGUUUCCACCCUGAGUGACUGUGGGGAGGUCUGCCUUCACUCCAUUGAUGGUGUUUCUCAUGGAUGUUGGUGCUUCCACUGUGACAAGAACCACACACCUCGCCUCGGAUGGUGAAUAUCUCAAGGUUUUGCUCAAUAUGGCUAUUCAGUUUUUUCUUAUUUCCUAGUAAAAAUAAUCUUGUCUCUUAGCAAGAUUUUCAGUAUCUCAUGACUUAGAUAUUUUGCUUUCCAGAUCAAACUUGU